CAACCAACUCAACAAGAAAUUUACGAAAUAACAGACGUUAUUUGCUAGUCAUAGGAUUUGGACGGCAAAUAAUUUAUAAACGAAUUAAAUAAACUUAAUACAUACUUUGCAAAUAUUAAAAAAGAAAGUGUAAAAAUAUGUCUGCCGUUACAAAAGGAGUUUACAUUGUUGCUGCUAAGCGCACAGCUUUUGGCACUUUUGGAGGUGCUUUAAAGAACAUCAAUCAAACCCAAUUGCAGACCACAGCUGCCAAGGCCGCACUUGCUUCUUCUGGCUUAAGUCCUGAACAAGUUGACACUGUGGUUGUUGGACACAUUAUGACAUCAUCGUCUACCGAUGGUACCUACUUGCCACGUCACGUCUCCCUUGGCUGUGGUGUACCAAUCGAAAAACCUGCUCUUGGUGUUAACCGUCUCUGUGGUUCCGGUUUCCAAUCAAUUGUCAACGGUGCCCAAGAUAUCAUUAUGGGUAGCGCCAAGGUUUCCCUAACUGGCGGUGUUGAGAAUAUGUCUCAAAGUCCAUUCAUUGCUCGCAAUAUGCGUUUUGGCACAUCUUUAGGCACUAACUAUCAGCUGGAAGAUGCAUUGUGGGCUGGUCUUACUGAUACCUACUGCAAAUUACCCAUGGCAUUAACUGCUGAAAAUUUGGCUGAUCAAUAUAAAAUUUCCCGCGAACGUGUUGAUGAAUUCUCUUUGCGCUCACAAAAGAACUGGGAGAAGGCUCAAAAUGAGGGUGUCUUUAAUACAGAAAUUACACCAAUUAAAUUGAAGGUUAAGGGCAAAGAAGUCGAUUUUGUUGUUGAUGAACAUCCUAGACCAAAGACCACACUCGAAGGUUUGGCUAAAUUACCAUCUUUGUUCAAGAAGAAUGGUGUUGUAACUGCUGGUACUGCUUCGGGUAUCUGUGAUGGUGCUUCUGCUGUUGUUAUUGCUUCAGAGGCCGCUCUUAAAGAAUACAAUUUGAAACCUUUGGCCCGUUUAGUAGCCUACUCUUAUGUUGGUUGCCCACCAGAAAUUAUGGGUAUCGGUCCAGUUUCUGCCAUACAAAAUGUUUUGAAAGUUAGCGGUCUUAAAAUGGAUGACAUCGAUUUGUUUGAAAUUAACGAAGCUUUUGCUUCCCAAACUCUUGCCUGUGCCGAUGCUCUUGGUUUGGACAUGAAUAAAUUGAAUGUUAAUGGCGGUGCCAUUGCUUUGGGCCAUCCUUUGGGUGCCAGUGGUAAUCGUAUUAUGGGUCACUUAACCCAUGAGUUGCAACGCAAGAAUCUUAAGUACGCCAUCGGUUCAGCUUGUAUUGGUGGUGGUCAAGGUAUCGCCCUAUUGAUUGAAUCCUGUUAAAAUUUAAUUUAAGAAAUUUGUUGAAAUUAUUGUGUUUUUAAAAUGCAUUUAUUAAACCUUAAAGUUCUAAACAAAAACAAAAUAAAUCCAUUAGUAUAAGUUUAUUUA